GGGGAUAUUUCGGAGCCGAGCCGCGCGAACACGAACGAGACGGACGCCAAUCCGUUCAUACCUGGAUUUCGCUACCCUCGUCGCUUCCGCUCCGUCGCGUGGGAGUCAGACGGCCAUCUUCAUCGUCGUGUUGCAGUGUCCUUCCCUCCCCACAAAGUCCCAACCCCGACUCCGCCUCUCUCUCGCAGACAGUUCUUCAGCCGUUCCUUUGUCCAACAACCACCUCACGCAAGCUUCAACGAGGUCUCAGCGCCGAUAAACCGAACCAGGUACACGCAACCAAUCCACCGGAGCAGUUUCGUCAUUUUCUCCGCCAUCGAAUCCACAAGUUUCCAGCAGGUAUCUUUUUUUCAACUCCAUUUCCUUUUGAUGCUUCAAUUGGGCGAGACUAAUUAGAAGCCCCGCGUGUUAGAUUCUAAAUUCAUUCCCUUCGGCUCACAACCGCGAGAUUUAGGUUUAGGAUUGGGAUUGAUGUUCUUCAACAUGAUUUAUUGUUGAAUGCUUUAACUGGGCGAGACUAAUUUGAACCCUUGCUUGUUAGAUUCUGAAACCGUUUUCAUUCCACACACAAUUAGUUCUAGGGUUUCGAUUGCUGGGGUUUUUAGGAAUUAGGGCACGAAACAGGAAGCUAUGAAAGGGCGGUCGCACCGUCUUCCGAUCUCUGACCCUCCCGAUGACUGGAUUGACGAGUCUUGGACAGUGGAUUGUGUGUGCGGAGUGAAUUUUGAUGAUGGGGAGGAGAUGGUUAAUUGCGACGAGUGUGGGGUGUGGGUGCACACCCGGUGCUCACGCUAUGUGAAAGGGGAUGCUUCAUUUGCUUGUGACAAGUGCAAGAGUAAGAACAGCAGUAGGAAUGACAAUGAGGAAACCGAGGUUGCUCAAUUACUGGUUGAGCUCCCCACUAAAACAAUGAGAAUGGAGAAUGAUAUUAGAAACUCCUGUCCCCUGAGCAAUCCUCCUCGACGACCUUUUAGGCUUUGGACUGACAUGCCAAUUGAGGAGAGGGUACAUGUUCAAGGCGUUCCUGGUGGGGAACCUGCCCUUUUUGGGGGCCUGUCAUCAGUUUUCAAUCGGGAAUUAUGGAAGUGCUCGGGCUAUGUGCCCAAAAAAUUUAAUUUUCAGUACAGAGAGUUUCCUUGCUGGGAGGAAAAGCGGGAGGCUGAUGAUGGAAUUGAAGAGGAAAAUGAGAAUCCUGUUAAAAAAGGUGCUGGUGUACUGUUUUCGUUGUCAAAGAAGAAUGUGUUGACAACCCCUGUGGCUACUUUGGUUGGCAUGAGAGGCCAAACUGGAGAAGAUGACUGUGAAGGGAAACUGUGUGAGGAUUUAAAUGUCAAGCACAUGCAAAAUGGUGCGAAGGAGAGAAGCUUGCUUCGGCCCAUUGUUAUCCAUUCGAGUAAGCGGAAAAAAGAAGAUCUGGGGACAUCCAAGGAUCGGAGUGGAAAGAAGAAGGUCAAGGCCACGGACAAAGAGUCCGAUGUGCAGAAGAGAGGUACACAGACGACCAAACCAGUGUUUACACCCAACAAUGGUGCAAAACAAUUGGAAUUUUAUGAAGACAGAGGUCCCAAGAUUCCCAAGUCUGAUACUCAUAACACCAAGAGCGAGAAUUUGAAGGACAGUGUGGCCCGAGAGCCUGUAUCAGAUGAUACAUUUGCAGUGGGCGAUAUUGUUGAGAAGCCCCAAAACAGCUUGGCAGUUAAAGAGCAAAAUCCAGAAGCCUUUUCCUCUGACAUCUCUAAGCAUAAUUCUUCAAUUGGAGCAGGAGCAAAGGAAGACAAGGCUGUUCAUCAGGUUCCUGCAACAAUUGAGGGUUCUUUCAAAAUGAAUGAUGGCACAGGAUCAGUUUUAGAAAGGAAUGAUAUUGGGAGUGCUCUUGUAAAUGAAGAGGGGGUUAGCACGGAUGUUAAUAAUUUGGAUGCCAGUGUAGAGCAUUCUUCUAAAAGUGUUGUGAUUGAUGUACACAAGACAAAACUCUCUGAAGAUAUGGCUAGUGCUGUACUGGAAAUCAAAGACGAUCUGAUUCUGCAAAAGUCAAAUGGCAACAUUUCAGUGAACUCUGGACAGCCUCUUGUUAAAAUGAAAACAGAAGAAGAUUUUGUUAACUGUGGAGGGGUCAUGCUUUCUUCUCCUUCUGUUGAAGUAAAGUUGGAGGAGAUCAAUCACAUGGCUCAGCAAGGGGAAUCCGGUGAUCACCUGCCUGAAAAUACUACAGUGAAUGCUGCUUUGGCAAGCAGCUCGCCGUCCAGUGACUGUAAGGUUCAAGAUAUUGACAGGAGUUCCAAUGCUGUCAAUGAUUGUCAUAUUGACAAGCCUGAUGAGUUAUCUGCUGAUCUUCAUCAGUGUAAGCGAGAACUUGAGUGCUCAGAAAGUUCCAUGGUUGUUCAAAAAAGUUCUAAAGAGCCCAGACAUGCUUCAGAACUUCUUGAAGAGCCCUCAAAAUCUGGUAGAACAAGCUCAAGCCCCUGUGUUCUACAGAGUCAGUGUAAAACAGUAUCAGGUGUUGAAAAAUCUUCCUCCCCUUCAUCCUCUGUUAUGGUAUCCAAAUCACCGAUUUCUGAUAAUUGUAAAACUGUGAAUUCUCACAACCUUGCUUCUGUUACCAAACAACGGGUAACGUGUAAUAUUAGUAUGAAGAAGGAUCAUGCUGCUAGUGACAUAGUGGGGGAGGAAGACAGGCAUGGAAUGCUGAGGAAGACAGUGAAGGAUCGUCCAAAAUCCUCUGCAAAUUCUGCUUUAAAAGCAUCACAUUUGAGCAGGAUUCCACAUGCUUCUGUUUCCAAGCAGCCCUUGCCAGAUUCUAAGGAUCCAGCGAUGAACUCAUUUUCCAAGGCAUCUGCGGCGCAUAAUGUUGCAGUUACUUCAGGAACUGGUGAAUCUGCUGGUUCACUGCAAACACAGAGGUCUUUACCUGCAGAAAAUAAGAUUCCUGGCCCUGGUUUAGCACAAAGAGGUGAAAAGUUUAGCCAGUCCACUAGCGUUCCAUCUUCUAAGUCAAAUCAUACAUCAUCAACACCACACUCUGCACCGUCAUCUGCUCCUACCACCCUAAGUGAUGAAGAGCUUGCUUUACUUCUGCAUCAAGAACUCAACAGCUCUCCUAGAGUACCUCGGGUGCCACGUGUGCGUCACACGGGUAGCUUUCCUCCGUUUGCUUCUCAAACUGCUACAAGCAUACUAAUAAAGCGUUCUUCCAGUUCUGGAGGAAAGGAUCAUAGUCUGGUUUCUAGGAGAAGAAACAAGGAUGUACCCAAAGAUGGGGCUCACAGUUCUCGUGAAAUUGAUGAUGAAGCUAAGAAAACUGAUCGAACACUGCCAUCACCUGAUCAGAGGAGACAGGAUUUAGCAUAUACAGUGGAUGCUUCUAUCAAGAGGAAUAUAGAUGAUGACUCUUUAAAAGCAGUAGAUUCUGUCAAGAAGAAUAUCCCUCCUGCCCCAACCAUGGCUGCAAAUAGUGGUCCCUCUUCCUCUAUUGAGGCCAAUGACUUAAUUUUGUCAUCCACACAUAAUUCACCAAGGAAUACAUCUGAUGAUGAGGCCCAUCAAACUCUGCCAGGCUUGAUUAGUGAUAUAAUGAGCAAAGGUGAGCGUAUGACUUAUGAAGAACUCUGUGAUGCUGUCCUGCCACACUGGCACAAUUUGCGUAAGAACAAUGGUGAGCGUUAUGCAUAUUCAAGUCAUUCACAGGCUGUUCUUGACUGCCUGAGGAACCGAAAUGAGUGGUCCCAAUUGGUUGAUCGGGGUCCUAAGACCAAUACGAGUAGGAAGAGACGCAAACUUGAUGCUGAGCCUUUGAAUUUUGACUUAGACGAUAAAGAGUACAUCAAGGGCAGAACUGUGAAGGAGGCUGAAGGAAAGAAUUUCGAUUCCCACCGAGAAGAGUUCCCAAAGGGAAAGCGCAAAGCACGGAAGCGCAGGCGACUGGCUCUGCAGGGAAGAGAGAUAAGGGAUGUUAGAAAGAUCCGGAAGGCAGAUGUGCUUACUGAUGAUGAUUUUGGUCCUUUUUCCAAUUCCAGUGAGGAGAGCAUGUUCAGUGAGGAUGAAAUUCAAGAAGGUGGAACAUGCCUUGGUGGAAGUGAGGCUUCCAUAAGCUCAGAUGAGAUGGGAACCUUGUUGUAGUUGAAAGUGGUUGAUUUGUUCUGUUGAUUUUAUUUCACAGCUUUGGGAAAAGGGUUGUCUGCUAUGGUGGAAAAGCGCCCCUUUUUCGUGUGGCCAAUGUAUGCUUGAAAUCAUCCUGCAGGCUUCUUUGGCAUACCUUUCUUUCAAUCAAGGCAGCUAUGCUGUAUAUGGAGCACUCCUGCAACUUAGAAGACAGUUUCCCUUCAGGCCUAUGCGGAACGAGGAUUUUGUUUGAGACCUAAUGCGAGUUCUCCCUAUUCAGCUUUAAUGGAUUGACUUCAUCGUGAGUGGGUCUCGGUGCUGAAUGAUAGCUGGUGUGGAUUCAAAUGUGUAUUGUGUAAAAUUAGUGUACAUAGGUGUAUUGAUGGGAUUGGGGGGGGGGGGGGGGAGAGGGUAGAUGCAUAUGUGAGAAGCUUUUCACGUUGGAGCUUAUUAGCUAUUCAUGUAGAUUUUCAGCAGCUUGCAAAAAUUCUCAAAUGGAAUGUAGUACUUGUAAGUUCAUUUCC